AUGGACGAAAUCAUGAUCCCCCCAGACUCGCAAAAGUCGAAAAUACCCUGUCCUGCACUUUCCCCGUGGGAAACCGCCGAAAUCUGCGCUUUCUGGCUCUCUGAUUCACAACGACCCGCGGAAUUCACUCAGCCGACACAGACUGCAAUCGUCAAGCGCCCCGCCACGUUCCUCGGCAAACGGCGAGCUCAUCGUCGCACGCCACAGCCAUCACGACGUGACUUCGCCGCACCUCGUGCUGCAGCCAUCGGCGCUUCCGCCUCGGUUCACGAGGCCCGAGACCCUCUCCAACCCCCACGCAAGUCGGUGACUGCCGGAGCGGGCGAGUUAUGCCGCCGAGGAUGA